UAGUAUUUCAGUUGUCAUUUGGCAGCUGAAUCGAAAACUUGGACAAAUAAUAUAAAAUAAUUAAACAUGGCCAACAUACUCAAGUUUUUGGCCUUCGUCAUGGCCUACAUUGCAGUAAGCCAGGCCCAAAGCUUCUAUGAUCAAACCAGACCACUCUAUUUGAAUGAAACCUGUGCCCAACAGCUGCUGUUAGAAAUCAAUGACAUGUAUUGGAAGAGUGCUACGGCUUACCGUAAAUUUGCCGAUGACACUUUUGCACCCGAAAUAUUGAUGCGUGAAAAAUUGCGUCCCUACUAUCAAACGAUGGAAAAAUUUGACUGGCAAAACUUUCAAAAUCCCAUAAUCAAAAGACAAUUUGAGGUUAUUUUAAGAGGUGCCAAAUAUCCUCCCCUAAAUUAUGACUUCAAGAGAGCCACACAAACUUUGAAAACCAUGUCAAGGCGACGAUAUGUAUGCGAUAAGAAUAGACCGCGCAAGUGUCAGUUGGCUUUUGUACAUCAAAUUAAAACGAUUUUCACCAACAGCGACAAUUUGGAGGAAAUCAAAUGGUAUUGGAAAGAGUGGCGCAAUAAAAUGCCGCAAGACAUAAAAGAUGCCUUCCACUACUAUAUUGAAUAUUAUCAGAAUAUGUCAACACCGGAAAUGCCCGCCUCAGCCAUUUGGUAUGAUCAAUAUGAAGAUCCAAAUUUCAUUGAUGAAUUGGAGGGUUUAAUGGAUGUUAUUCGCCCAUUCUAUCGUGAGUUGCAUGCUCAUUUGCGUCAUGUGUUGCAAGUGCGUUAUGGAAAUGAUGUUAUUCCGCAAAGUGGUCUGAUACCUCAUCAUUUAAUGGAGCAGGCCUUGUAUCAGGCAUGGAAAAAAGAUUCCGUUCUGCGUAAUCCCUUUCCACAGAGGAAACUGCCUAAUUUGCAAAUGGAAAUCGAUGGAGUGGGAUAUUAUCCUUUUGAUUUUGUUAAUAUGAGUGCAACCUAUUUCAAUACAUUAGGUUUUGCCAAUUUGACAGACGAAUUUAUGCGUGAUCAUUUCAUUGAAAUGGAACCCGGUGAGGGUGGUCCCGAUUGCAAAUCACGCAUUUUUACUUAUGGCGAAAUUGAACUCAACUACUGUCCCAAGGUUUACUACAAAAAGUUAUUGCAAACCCAUGGAGAUGUCACCCAAAUACAAUAUGCCUUGAUGAAGAACAAUUUACGUGUAGGUUUGAAUCAAGAAGCCUGUCCUGGUUUCGGUAAUGCGAUGGGUGAGGCCAUUAUUUUGUCGGUAUCAACACCACAACAUUUGCAAGAGUGUCUAGGUCUAUUGCAAGAUUAUGAUUAUGAUGAUAUAUUGAAUUUAAAUAGACUGUAUCGUUUGGCCGUUCAUACAGUGCUGUCCAUACCCACCUACUUUGUGCAUGAAAAAUUAUGGUUGGACAUUAUAGACAAAAAGGUGACACCCGAAAACUACAAUUGCCACUACUGGAAUCUCAUGGAGAAAUAUAUGGGAGUUGAAAGACCCGUAGAAACUCAAGCCAAUGCCUAUGAUAUGCCCUUUAAAUUCUAUGAGGGCAUAGUUGAUCAAUUUAGCAGCACCAAAAAACUAUUUGGUGAAUUUUUGGGCUAUCAAAUCUAUAGAGGCGUGUGCUUAAAAACUGGCGAGUAUAUCAGAGGCAAUGCCUACAAGACCCUGCACAAUUGCGAUUUUGAUAACAGUAAACAUGCUGGUGUUAUAUUCAAAGAAAUGAUGCAGGCUGGUUCCACUAAACCCUGGCGUGAAAUUAUUCAGCAUCUAACCAUACAAAACUUAAAUAAACUAUCUGCUACUCCAUUCAUGGAGUAUUUUGAACCACUACACACUUGGAUCGGUGAAGAUAAUUUGGAAAAAAAUCUACAUGUUGGCUGGAUGACAACAAAUCAAUGCCGGCGAUCGAAUGCCUUUAACGCAACCGCCACUUUUAUAAAUGAUAAAUUUUAAAAGAAAAUGGAUAUUUGCAGUGAAAUUGUAAACUAUAAGUGCGUCAUUAUUUUUUAUUAGAAAAUUAA